UCAUAGCCUCGCUGGUGGUCGCAGUACUUCGCAAUCCCCAUCACCACCUCAUACAGAUCUUCAGCAGCCAGGAAUUAUCACUAUACUGGAUAUUGAGGGUAACGAGGAUGAAGAUAGCCAAGAUUGCGAAGACCCAUGCGACCCAAUCGUAGCUCACUUCAUAGCACACUCAGAAGCAAUAAUAGCCCUCAAGUUUGAUCCAAGUGGCAUGUUAUUAGUGACUGCUGAUAAGCGAGGACACGAUUUUCACGUCUUCAGAAUCAACCCCCAUCCGUGUGGACCUACGUUGGCUUCUGUACACCAUCUCUAUGUAUUGCAUAGAGGUGAUACUACGGCAAAAGUUCAGGAUAUAGCAAUAUCGGGUGAUUCCCGUUGGACGGCGAUCUCAACCCUCCGCGGUACAACUCACGUGUUUGCACUGAGUCCGUACGGCGGUGCGUGCGCAGUACGUACACAUUCGCAGCCGAGGGUCGUUAAUAGAUUGUCUCGAUUCCAUAGAUCUGCUGGUCUGCCUAUACACGCCUCACAUGCUGUGAUGGAGGGUUCAGCACUUGGUUCGUGGUAUCCCAACCCGCGACUGCCGCCAUACCCUCAUCCUACAACGUCACCACCACUGGCCCAGUUGAGACCCACUCACAAUCUACCCACACAUACCAUCACACGCAACAGCUCUGGCCGCCAGCGUCUAUCAUCGCUUUCCGAAGAGAGCGGCGCUCCACCCCUUCUCGGCCGUGCCUGGUUCGGUACAACAGUACCGUCAGCUAGCGGUCGCGGAUGUGCAGUGCCUCUUUACCUGAUGGCUGCCAAUGGGUCGCUGUUGCAUCUCCUACUGCAUCCAAGGCCAGCUAGAUCUGUUCCGAAAGAGAAGAUCUGUGACGAGUCACCAAUAGAGCUAGAGGUAGAACCGGUGGCUCAAUGGAUGCUGCAGCGUCCCGCGGCUGCUGCUGAUCUUUUGGCACCUCUCCCUCCUUCCAACCCACUUCUACAACCUCUCAGUUGCCGGCGAUGUGCAGAUAUGUGUAUGAGUGAAGAGGAGCGUUGGCUGUCCCAAGUGGAAAUCGUGACUCACGCUGGACCACAUCGGAGGCUCUGGAUGGGACCGCAGUUUGUAUUCAAGACCUACAAUUGCGGAUCAAACUCAUCCCUAUCGGAAGCUGAAGCCGUUGAAGUUGACACCAGCGCUUGCGUAGGGGCUGCUCGUUCGAACCCCGUAAACAUGCCCGGCGUCAGACCCAUUGUGCCGGUACUCAUCGAAUCCGGUUCAGCCAGUUCGUUAGAGCAUUCACCAUCUGACAGUUUUCGUCGCAAAUCGCUGUUAGCCGACGGAGGUAGGACCGCUGUAUGUGAUGUGCAGCUCAAAGAAGAUCUCGCUGAGGCCAUGAAGGAAGACCAUGGGCUGGCGCGCGUGGAGAGCGGCCGGGAGCGGGAAGUGAGGCGCAGCCCUGGAGUCGUGCGCGCAGUGGACCCGCUCGGGACCGUGGUGGCGCCACCCGCGGCCGCUACGCCCGAGCCCAUUGACCCCGACGACUACACGAGAGCCAACGACGACGAGGCCACCUUCCGCCCGGUGGUGCGGGCUCCGGCCGCUCCGCUGCCCAGCAUGCUCGUCAAGCCCCUGCCUAUCACCACCACGAUCCCCGUGGAGACCGUAUCUCCUCAGGGCGACUCUCCUAACGAAGAACCCAUCCCGCUGAAAACUGACGUGGUCAUCCCGGCCCAACUCACCUCCGUGCCACCUUGGCAACCACGAGAACGUGAAGUCAGCUCAUCCAGCGUCCUCAUAGAAUCCACCGGUGAUACCAGCACUCGUAGAGAUAAUGAAUUUCAUGAUAUAAAGUUGGAUGAUAAACCUACUCAAAAAGAUCUCGAUAGUGUAAAUGUGAGAAAGGAUGAUAGUAUGUGUGAAAGGAAUUCGACUCGACUCGAAUUGGAAAGUGAAGAUGUAAACACAUCACUGCCAAAAUUAAAUCGAUUGUCGGAUGAUAUUCAGCCGACUUCUCGACCUAGAGUUAAGAAAUCUCCCACCUCCAAGUUAUUUAGUGAUAGAGUAACUAGCGAUAGUGGUAAAGAUAAACGACUACCUGAUAGUAAAUUAUUGCUCAGCGUUGAAAGCGGAACUUUAGAACCUACAUAUAAAGAGAAAUUAUCACAGGAAGCACUAAAUUUUAAGACUAAUAUUACUACGGAAAAGUCCCUAAAUAAAGAGAAAACACCAGAACCUGUGAAAGCAGUACGUAGUUAUAGUAAAUCUAAAUCUGAAGUUAAGGAAACCAAAAGUAAAGGAACUACAGAAAAAAGGUAUGAUGAACUAAAACCUUCUACGGCAACUAUGCCUGAUAAAGAAAAUAGUACUAAAAAGAAAUCGUCGGUAAAAGAAAAAGAAAUGAAAAUAUCUAAAGAUGUUGAUACUGAAAUAAAAACUGAAGAACAAGCGUGGGAUAUGCUAGUGAACGAAUCAAAUAAAACAAAAUUAGAGUCUUCAGAUACUACGGUAGAAAAGUUAGAUGAUUUUAAGGUUAAAAAUAAAAAGGGCCGGAAACCAAAGAAGAUGCCAGAAGAACAACAGUCUAGUAAAGAAGAUGAUGACAGUUUUGUGGAAAUACACGCCAUUGAAGACAAACAAGAACCAUCAAGUGGUGAACUAGUAUCAAUAUCAACAACAUUCGAAGAUUUUGAUUUAUCUAAAACUAGAAAACGAGCAUCGAAAAGUUUUACGCCUGAACGAAAAUCAACCAACACAGACGAAGUUAUGAAACUAUCUGAUAACGUUACCGUAAAAUCCAAAGCAAAACCGUGUAAAAGCGACAAACCCGAAAGCUUUUCAGAUUUUGAAACGCAUUUUAAAACGGCAUCCAAUUUCGUUAAACAAAGUUCUAAAGACACUGUAUACUUCAAUUCUAUCAUCGAGCCCGAUUUAACAACACUGGCAGUAAAAGAAAUAUCUAAAUAUCCCAAAAGUAAAUCGCCAUCUCCUAACCGUGAUAGACGGAUAUCCGUUGAAAAACAAGAAGUUGAAAAGGAAGUAUACGUGAUCGAUACUGUCACGGAUGAUUUUCCAGAAAUUCAAAUAACACAAGUAAAUAAAAUGCGUAAAAAAUCUCCACAACCGAUUGAUAAAAAUAAUCAAGACGUAGAAAAGCCCUGUAAAUCAUGGAGUUCGAUAGCUGCUAAAAAAGUGGAUGACAAGAAGUAUAAACCAGAUGUAAAUAUAAAUGACGAUAAUAUCAAACCAAGUACUUCCUUGCAACAAAAAUUAGCCGAAUUAUGCAAAAGAACAGAUAUUAUGGUUGCUGAAUGUGAUGCGCCAUCAGAGCUUAACUUUGUAGACGAACACCAUGCGGUUUUACCGGAUUUUCCACCAUUGGAGUCUCUAGAUUUUGGUUUGGAUGACUUUAAAUUAGACGUUAUGAAGGAUAGCCUUCUCGAUGUCACGGAUAAAAUAACGAGUCCCAUUUGUAAAAUUAACAUUGACGAUAUACUGACAUCCAUAAAUGAUACUAAGAAAUCUGAAGAGUCCACUUCGUUCAAUUUGAUCGAUGUCGAGAAGGUCCCGGCGAGAAAGGAAAAAGGUUUCAGCGUCCUUGAAACUGAAAAAAUAACUUCCCAAGAGGUGCAAGCUGACGAUGAAGUCAAAGAGAAAUACAAUGAUUUAGAAAAAUCGUCAGACGAAGAUGCGGCUUCUCCAGUUCUGUCAGCGGAUAGUGAUAAAGAGGAGAAAAAUGUUGCUUCGAAUGUAACACUCCCAUCUCCAAAGCAAACAAAAUCGAAAAAAUCGCGUAGAAAGAAGAAGUAA